AUGGGUAUUAAAGGUCUCACCGAAGCUCUCGGAAUUGGUCACGACGAGGCAGAAGAUAUCGUUCAUUGGCAAGAAUUCAGGAAGGGCACGUACAACUAUCCAAUCUCCUUCCCGAUCCCUACCAACACUCCUCCCACCGUCCAUGGCGACUUUGGUACGGUGAUAUACAAGCUCAAAGCGGUCGUGGUGCGAGCUGGGGCAUUGUCGCCAAACCUGAUCGAGGAGAUGGAAGUGACGAUGAUUGCCACUCCGCAGGAGGAUGACUUGGAAGAGACGGAGAAUGUGUUGGUGGAGAGGCAGUGGGAGGAGCAGAUGCGAUAUCAAAUAGCACUCGGUGGAAAAGCUUUCCCUGUCGGAGGACUUAUACCCAUGGGAAUACGUCUCAUGCCUUUGGCAAAGUGCAAGAUACAUCGUAUAACCGUGGCUUUAGAGGAAAAAGCAGAUUAUUACGCACAAAAACGUCAAGUCGCCCGUCACGAAAACCCACGUAGGUUCGUCCUUGCCUUUUAUAGACAAAACGAGAAGAAAGAACGUGAUCCUCUUUUGCCGAUAAUCUCGGAAGAUCCAGAUGCCGCACGUAACUCGCCCUUGGCCCCCCUGGCCCUUCACGCUGCUCGAAGCGACGCACCGGGUGGGUCAAGUCUGAAUAGGAUGGAAGAGGACGAUAUGUAUGCCUCUUUAAUGGAUCCACUUGGACCUUGGCACCUAGAGACCGAUCUCAAGAUACCCGAUUGUCGUACCAAAAUCCGCUUCACAGCUCGACACGAGCGAACAAAUAUUAAUAUAUCGCAUUCGUUAAAAGUCACCAUCAGGGUGGAGAGAGGGGACGAGGCAGAUGAAGGGAAAGGAAGAAAGAAGCAAUUUGACAUUAUAAUUGAAACACCUAUAAAGAUAUUGGACUGUCGGGUAAAUACCCAAUGGAAUUCCCUCCCCACUUACGCCGCUGUCAACCCAACCACUGGCAUACCUCCCAUUACCGGAUGUACCGUUCACUCCCGUAUCCCAAUCCCUCGCUUAGCAGCAGAUCCGAUCGUAUCUUCCACUCCACAAUUUCGCAACAUUUCUCUAGCCCCUAUGACAUUACAUCACAGGCGAGAUUCUUCCGCUUCUAGAUCCUCUUCCGUCCCUCGAGUCGAAGAAGAUACCCUGCUGGAGAGGAAUAUAGUUUACGAUCGUUUGAUGUCGGGACAGAUCACUGAAACUGGGGAAGUCCCUCCUUCUUACGGCGAAGCCAUGGCAAGUACGAGACGUAGGACAUCCAGUAGCGUGUCGAGACUUGGAAGAGGAAUGAGUCCUAGUCCAUUAGGGUUGGGAAGAGCGAGGAGUAGAGCAGGAUCUUUGUUGUCGGAGAUAGAUACUAGAUAGGAUGUUAUGUUGUUGAUUCUUGA